UAUCAAUUAUGUCUAGUUUGUUUGAUGAAAAAGAAUGCGAAAAUUGUAAGAAGGUAUUGAAUUAAUAUUAAAAAUCAGAUUGAAUCUGAUUAUAACAUUGUAAGGAUAGAUCAUAUAAAACUCUAAGCUGAAUAUGAGAAAUUAUAAAAGGAUAUAGAAAUUAUGAAAAGGGACACCUCAUAAGUAAUAUACUUUAUUAUUCACUUAGAAUGAUGGAGAAUUAAGAAAAAAUAGGUAGAAAUUUGAUUAAUUGUAAAAUGAAUUAAAUAAGAUAAAUGAAAAAUACUAGAAAUUAUAUGGAGAAAAAGAAAGAAGUGAUGCAAUGAUAAAGCAAUUACAAGCUAUAAAUUAGAAAAUUUAAUAAGAAAAAGAGGAAAUGUUAUUUGCAAAGCCAGCAGAAAAUCCGGAGUAAAAUCAAGCUCUUCAAUAAAUAAGCCUAUUGCACGAGUAAUUAAGAAAAGCCUAAAAUUAAAAAGAAUAAGCCCUUUCUAUUAACACUCAAUUAACUUUAGAAUUAUAAUAAUUAAAAAGCUAAUAAAAGCCACAAUAAAAUAUUGUUUAAACUGUUCAAUUUUAAAGAGAUUCAACAACGAACGAAAAAGUGUUUUAAAUGGAAAUACAAAAUCUUAGAUAGAGAAUUAAUGAGAUGAAUAUUGCCCUUCAGAAACAAUAACAAGAAUACUAAAAUUUACAAUAGGAAUCUAAAUAAUAGAUCGAAAAUUUAUAAUAAUAAUUGGAACAACAAGAUAAAAAUAUUGACUAAUAAUAAUCAUCAACUAUAUAAUUGAAAUAGUUGCAAGCACAAUUAAAGAAAAUGGAAGCCCAAAAUAAAGUAUUACAAAAAUAAUUGGAUUAUAAAACUUAGAGAUAUAAUGAAUAAGUAAUUUUACAUAACUAAUUAAGCUUGAUGAUAUUAAUAAAUUGUAGGAAGAAUUAAAUGCUUGUAAAACAAACUAAAUUGUCAAAGUUCUUGGAGAUGAAGAAAAAGACUAUAAGGAAAAAUAUAAAUAGGUGUUACAUUAAAAGUAAGAACUUGAGUAAAGUUUUAAGGAGAAGGAAUCCAUUUUGAUGUAAAAAGUUUAACAGUAUGAAUCACACAUCAAAUAAAGUAAAGUUUAUUAGUAAUAAUCUUAGAAUAAGGAAAUGCUGGCUUAGAAAAUGUAAAAUUAAAAGAAAAAUUAGAUGAAUUAAAAGAACUUCAAGGAAAACUAAAUUAAAUUUAAGAAGAAGAACUUACUUAAAAAGUAAAAAUUUUAUGCAUAACCUUAGAUGAUUAAUUCUAAUUAAAAGAGAUAAUUGGAUGACCUAAUAAAUAGUUAAUAUCAGUAUAAAUAAAAGGUCAAGUAAUUAGAAUCCCAAUUAUAACAAUGUGAAGAUAAACUGAUUUAAUCCAAGUACUAAAUAGCUGAUAUGAUGAAUCUUGCAAUGGAGCUUGGAAUGACUUAAUUACUUGAUAAAUUUGCUUCAUUAUAAUAAUGA